AUGGGUGAUGCCGUCCCCUGCGUCCCCUGCGUCCCCUGCGUUCGGAUCGCAUUGGUUGGCUUCGGAAACGUCGGGCAGGCAUUGGCUCGGCUGCUGUUGGCCAAACAUGGCAGUUUUCAGUUCGAGGUGAAGGUGGUGGGUAUCGCCACUGGAUCCCAUGGCACCGUGGUGAACCUCGAGGGCCUCGACCUGGAACGUUGUUUGACGACCCUGGAGGGCCAAGGGACGUCGCUGCCGGAUGCAGAGGCCAUGCUGCGUCAUGUCGAAGGUCACUGUGAUGCUGUCCUUGAAGCUAUGAAUGCAGCAGCAGAUGGGCAGCCAGCCCUCAGCAUUUUGGAGCAAGCCUUCAUGAUGGAGCCGCCCGCACAUGCCAUCACUGCCAGCAAAGCUCCCGUUGCGUUGGCGUACCAAAGGCUGAAGGCUUUCGCCCUAAAGCGUGGCCGUCGUUUCCUCUUCGAGUCCAGUGUCAUGGACGGUGUGCCCAUCUUCUCGUUGCUGCGGCAGCUUCCAGGGGUCAAGGUGAAACGCUUCGUGGGCGUGUUGAACUCCACGACCAAUUUGGUCCUGACCAGGAUGAGAAGAGAAAACUGCUCACUGUGGGAUGCUGUAGCCUUCGCUCAGCAGGAGGGCAUUGCUGAACGUGAUCCCUCGGAUGAUUUGGACGGCAAGGACGCUGCCACAAAGCUGGCAGUCCUCAGUGCCGCGAUCUUUGGCUGCCAAGUGAACCCAGCCGAAAUUCCUGCCGACAGUAUUCGCAACGUGACACUAGAACAGGUCCACGACGUGGCUGCUCGCGGACAUACGUUGAAAGUGGUCUGUGAAGCGACGUUGGCCGAAGGCCAUGUUGAGACCUCCGUGCUGUUGAAAGAGUUGCCAUGGCAGCAUCCCUUGGCGAAUCUGGAUGGCGCUUCUGCUGCCCUGACGUUCGAGACGGAUGUCAUGGGGCCAAUUACAGUGACCUCCACCGAUCCAACGACCAUGGACACCGCCUAUGGGAUGCUCCAGGAUUUGCAGGUGGCCAUGUUGGGAGAUGGCUGUGGAGGCAGAUGA